AUGGCUCCCUCAAGUAGCGCGCUCGUCGCUCAACUCAAAAAGUCCGUAAAACACAUUUUCGACACGGAUCGAGAGCAAUUGAGUGUGAAGAAAGUGCGAAGUGCGGUUGAAGAGGAACUAGAUCUUGAAAAUGGAUUUUUCUUGAGCCCAGAAUGGAAGGAUAAAUCGAAGCAGAUUAUAAAGGAACAUGUCGAACAUCUUGAUACUCUUGAAGAAGCCGGAGCUUUACCCGUCGCAGAACCUACGCCAGAAAAGAAGAAGAAGCCCGCGCCCGUACCAAGGAAAGUGGCACCUUCCAAAAAGCGCGCACAGAAGCCUAUGUCAGCAGAAAAAGCACGACCUGCGAAAAGACAAAAGAAACAAGCAACACCAUCAGACGAGGACGACGUUUCUGCGAGCAGUAUCCUAAGCGAUGCGCCAUCCGACGGGAGUGAAGACUUUGGCGAUUCGGAUGCCAGCGAGGCGCCGAAACCAAAGAAGAAGAUAGCGCGGAAGUCCAAGACACCAGUCAAGAAAGGCGGCCAGAAAAGGAAGCAGGACAAUUCAGACGAGGAGGAGGAUGAUAGUGAGAGUUCAUUAGCAGACUCGGAAAGUGACGCCCCACCUACGAAGAAGCAGCCACCCGUCAAGAAGUCCAAACAGAAAACAAAACCUACCAAAUCAAAUGCCAAAGUCGAAGAGUCUGGAGCCGAGGAGGAAAGUUCCGCACUUACCACACCAUCUGAUUCUGAGAGCGGGCCAGCGAAGAAGCCAAUACCGGCACCCCAGUCUCCAAAAUCAGCCAAAAAGAAGCAACCAACCACCAAACCCACCGCCGAAGAUUCUGACGACGAUACCGCGACAAAAGUAGAAGUCGCAGAAAAAGAAGAAAAGGCAAACGCCUCUGACUCCUCUGAAAUGUCCGUAGUAAUCGACGAAGGCCCAAAACCAAAACGCAAACGCGCCUCCAAAUCCGCAGAACCCAAAUCUAAAUCCAAAUCCACCGACGCCAAAGCUAAACCAAGCAAACCCACCGAAAAGACCCUCUCCCCCGCCGAAGAACAGAUCAAAACCCUGCAAUCCCACCUCCUCAAAUGCGGGGUCCGCAAAAUAUGGGCCUUUGAACUAAAAUCCUACGGCGAGGAUAAUAAUGCGAAAAUCAAACAUUUGAAGGAUAUGUUGAGGGAUGUGGGUAUGGUCGGGCGGUUUAGUGAGAGUAGAGCGAGGGAGAUUAAGGAGAUGAGGGAGCUGCAGAAGGAUUUGGAGGAUGUGAAGGAGGGGGAGAAGAAUUGGGGGAUGGAGAGUGGGAGGGCAAGUCGAAGUAAAGCAGUCGGGAAGAGUUUAGGGAAGGGGGAGAGUGAGGAGGGGGGUGGGGACAGUGAGGAUGAGGAGGAGGAAGUGGUGAGCAGACCCGCGAAGAGGGCGGCUGAUUUGGCGUUUUUGGGGAGCGAGAGUGAGAGUGAUUAG